AUGGGGCCAGAAAAGCAGACCGAGUCGAUUACGCUUGCGGACGUUCACAGGAACAUCCCCGGCGGAGACGAGGGCGGCCGGAACAAGGUGAGAGCCCGAACGGACAAAGCACUAGAGAACACACUGGGCUUGAAGGCAGCAAUGGACUCUAUUCCUGGUGAUGACGACUUCCGCUUCUGCAUACAGGCCAACAUCGAGCGGCUGCCGGACUUCGUCACCCACGCCUACAGCAAUGACCGUGAGUCCUGCCUCGAAUACCUUACAUCCUAUGCCAGGAGACGUUGGCGAAAGCGACUCUCCAAGGCUGCUCAACAGAGAUGGAAGAGGAAGCAGGCUGGUGAAGAGCAGCCUGGUCUCAGAAGACAAGUUUUGAAAACGCCAACCCCACAAGGAAACAAGCGUGCUAGGACACCCUCUCCGACCCCGUCCAACAAGCGUGCAAAGCCCGAUGAGACAAACGCUGACGAUACCCCUACUUUGCCGGCUCGGAUGCCAACGGCUGCAGAAUCCCAUCGGAGGAAUUGUCAAGAUGACCCUAUUGGGGCCAUCUUCGGCUACUAUGAUGAUCCGGUAAAACCUCUGGCGCCGGGGAUGGAUAUUGACCAUUUCUGGGAAUAUGGAGAUUGA